AUGUCUGCCUUUAGUGCCCGCACGUACGCGCUACCCGAAUGCCAUUCGGUGCCGCGAAGCAAGUAUGAACCUGCCCAGAACUUGAAGGGAUCGAAAAAGUCUCACCCGGCGCGACAGGUUGCCAACCCGGUGUUUAAAAACGUGCUCGGGUUUGACCAUGGGUCGAGCCUCAACACGUUUGUGCGUUUGACCGCAACUAUUCUAAGAACUGAGCUCUGGAACGACCGCAUGCUGUUCGAGCGCAUAUUCUACCGUAACUGGAACCAGCACAAAAACUCGGUCUACUUCCGUCGCGUCUACGAGCUCCGUCGCGCCCUCCGCAUUCUCGAUCGCGUCAACAUAAAAUCCUUGGUGGACACAACCAUGGCAGCGUUUUUUGACGCUGGCACAACCAAGGGCCAGCGCAAGACAUCCAUGUGGACAGCUCUGCCUUGCCAGCACUAUAUGACAGCCCUGAGUGGACGGGUCGCCAAUGUUGCGCUGCUGGUGGCCAAAAUCCGCGAGAUCUGCCAGAACGUGUAUGUACAGUUUGCAAAACAGACCGCUGCGACGCUGUUUAUGCCGCUAGCCAUGGUUAUGCAGGGACUUGUUGCUCGGAUGCACAUGGUCCUGGGUGUCUGGCACCAGGAUUUGUGUGCACUGUACAGAGAGUUGCUAACAUGGCUACCGUGUUUGCCCGCAUGCCCAGACAGUCUCAGCGGGAGAACAGAGCCGCUAGCCAAGAAGCUGCCGAGCCUCGAGAGCCUGGUGGUGAAAGAAAAAACGACUGCCAAGGUCCAAGCAGAUAUGGACAAGUCGGCCAAGGAACCUGUGCAGUCUGCAGCAUCAGUCAAGCUGUCAGAAGAUUUGGGCGACCUUGUGGUUUCCAAGACGAAAAAGGGCAAGAAGCGCAGCAUCAUGGAUCUUUACGACGACGACGAUCUGGGCGGUAUUGUAGAAUAG